UAGGAAUUGCUCGAUGGAACUUUUAAACCAUAGGGGUUUUGCUAUUAUUCACAAAACGCUGUCCUUUUUGGCUGGAGUAGGUUUGGCUGGAUUAGGAUAUGUCACUCUCUCGGACCAGCUCACCUUCCGAGUGGGCUACAGCUAUUUUGUCCUAAUGCGUAGAACAACCGUAUUCACAACCAGCUGCUCAGAAACGUGCGAAACACAGAGUAUUCAGAGGAUAUUGCUCCACUUCCCGAGUCGAAGGACUAUUUGGAAAUGGCCAAAUUUACAAUUUGCAGCACGUGGAACAGAUCGGUUUUGUACAUGCACCAGGUUCUUAGUGGAUUAUUGCACUAUGAUCGUCCUUAUGAUGAAAAGGUUUCCGAACGUAUCCAGGAGUACAAGGUCAAGAUGGAGAAAGCCAAAGAAACGCAAGAAGUGGUGGAACCAUGUGUUGUGGAGGAAAAGGCUGAAGAGCCAGAAGCAACAGCAGAAGUUGUAGUAGUAAAAGAAGAAGAAGCAAAGUAAUUUGUAUCUUACCAAA